AUGAGCGACAAAGGCGUGGAGACAAUCGCUGAGAUCCAUGACAUCCACAACACUCCACCCGGCGAAUGGAGCCUCAAAAGCGUUCUGCCCGACAAUGGCAUACCUUGGUACAAGCAGCGUCAUCUUCUGUUUCUCAACCUCGGGAUGAUCAUUCCCUACCUUUCAUCGACUACCAACGGCUAUGAUGGCUCCAUGCUUAACGGCCUGCAGUCAAUGAGCCAGUGGCAGGACUUCUUCCACUCGCCGACCGGGACACGUUUGGGCUCCCUUUCCAACGGUGUCAUCUUUGGGCAGAUUCUCGCUUUUCCUAUUGCUCCUUGGCUAUGUGACCACACCGGUCGACGUUUCCCAAUUUUCAUCGGAUCGGCCCUCCUAGUCAUUGGUGCAAUUCUUCAGUGUGCUGCCCAAAACUAUGGGAUGUUCUUGGCCUCCCGCAUGAUCAUCGGAUUCGGAGGCCUGAUUGCCGUCGAAGCAUCGCCGUUGCUAGUCAGCGAACUGGCAUAUCCAACUCAUCGGUCUGUUUUGGUCGGUUAUUACAACAACCUGUGGUACCUAGGGGCCUUGCUCGCCGCAUGGGUCACAUAUGGCACCUACUUUAUGGGCCCCGACGCCUCAUGGGCCUGGCGCAUUCCCUCGUUACUGCAGGGAUUCUUCCCUUUGUUACAAGUCAUUUUCGUCUACCUGCUUCCCGAAUCCCCGCGGUACCUAGUACAGAAAGAUCGGUACGACGAAGCCCGUAAAGUGCUUACCAAGUACCACGCCGGUGGAGAUGAAAACUCCGAGCUCGUGGAGUUCGAGAUGAAAGAAAUCAUCUUCCAUAUACAGGCCGCCAAAAGUGCCUCAAGCACCGGCUAUCGCGAGUUCCUUAGCACUAAGGGCAAUCUGCACCGCUUGUUUAUCAUCAUCACAGUCCCUUGCAUGAUGCAGCUCUCCGGCAAUGGGUUGAUUGCCUACUACCUCCACCUUAUUUUGAAUUCGAUCGGCUUCACGUCAGACCCACAGCAGCUCCGCAUCAAUGGUGGGCUUACUGUUUUCAACCUGGUAGUCUCAAUCAUCUUGGCAUCAUUCAUGGAAAUCGUCGUAGGCAUGUUGACAUGCUACGUGAUCUGGACGAUCCUAUCAGCAAUUAACGAGCAGAGGGAUUUCAAUGAUACAUCUCUCGGUACGGGCGUCAUUGUUAUGAUCUUCAUGUAUCAGUUUUUCUAUAACGCCGGUCUCAAUGGGCCACCAUGGGUCUAUGUCACUGAAAUUCUGCCUACCCAUCUCCGUGCCAAGGGUACGAAUAUCAUGCAGAUCGCGGCUACCUGCGCCAUUCUCUUCAACGGGUAUACAAAUCCCGUGGCGAUGGGUGCAAUUAGCUGGAAAUACUACAUUGUCUACUGCUGUGUGAUUGCCAUUGAAAUCGUUCUUGUCUACGUCGGCUUCCCUGAAACCAAGGGUCACAGUUUGGAAGAAGUUUCGUUGAUUUUCGAUGGAGAAAAGGCCUUUGGCGAGGCUUCUGAGAAACCGAACUCUGCUACAGUACAGCUGGUGGGUAAUAACUGA